CUGGGCCGGGCAGGAAGCCGGAAGCGCCGCGGCCCAGCUGAGAGACAUGGCGGGCGUUAAAGCUCUUGUGGCGUUAUCCUUCAGUGGGGCUAUUGGGCUGACUUUUCUUAUGCUGGGAUGUGCCUUGGAGGAUUAUGGGUGUACUUCUCUGAAGUAAGAUGAUUUGUCAAAAAUUCUGUGUGGCUUUGUUACAUUGGGAAUUUAUUUAUGUGAUAAGUGCCUUUAACUUGGCAUAUCCAAUUACUCCCUGGAGAUUUAAGUUGUCUUGCAUGCCACCAAAUACAACCUUUGACUUCCUCUUGCCUGCUGGAAUCUCAAAGAACACUUCGGAUUUGAAUGGACAUUAUGAAGCAGUUGAAGCUAAAUUUAAUUCAAGUGGUACCUACUUUGCCAAUUUAUCAUCAAAAACAACUUUCCACUGUUGCUUUUGGAGUGAGGAAGAUAAAAACUGCUCUGUACCUGCAGAUAACACCGAAGGGAAGGCAUUUGUUUCAACAGGAAAUUCUUUAGUUUUUCAACAAAUAGGUGCAAACUGGAACAUACAGUGCUGGAUGAAAGAGGACUUGAAAUUAUUCAUCUGUUAUAUGGAGUCAUUAUUUAAGAAUCCUUUCAAGAAUUAUGACCUUAAGGUCCAUCUUUUAUAUGUUCUGCCUGAGGUGUUGGAAGAGUCACCUCUGGUUCCCCAGGAAGGCGGUUUUCAGAUUGCUCAGUGCAACUGCAGUGUUGGUGGAUGUUGUGAAUGCCACGUGCCUGUGCCAGCAGCCAAACUCAACCACACUCUUCUUGUGUAUUUGAAAAUCACAUCUGGUGGAGUAAUUUUUCAGUCACCUCUAAUGUCAGUUCAGCCCAUAAAUGUUGUGAAGCCUGAUCCUCCACUAGGUUUGCAUAUGGAAAUUACAGACAGUGGUAAUUUAAAGAUUUCUUGGUCCAGCCCAACAUUUUUACCAUUUCAACUUCAAUAUCAAGUGAAAUAUUCAGAGAAUUCAACAACAAAAAUGAGAGAAGCUGAUGAGAUUGUUUCGGCUACAUCUGUGCUAGUGGACGGUGUGCUUCCUGGGUCUUCGUAUGAGGUUCAGGUGAGGGGCAGGAGACUGGAUGGGCCCGGGAUCUGGAGUGACUGGAGCACCCCUCUUGUCUUUACCACUCAAGAUGUCAUAUACUUCCCGCCUAAAAUUCUGACAAGUGUUGGGUCUAACGCUUCUUUUCACUGCAUCUAUAAAAAUGAAAACAAGAUUGUUUCCUCAAAAAAGAUUGUUUGGUGGAUGAAUUUAGCUGAGAAAAUUCCUCAAAGCCAGUAUAAUGUUGUGGGUGACCGUGUUAGCAAAGUUACCCUUCCCAGUCUGAAUGCAACCAAACCUCGAGGAAAGUUCACCUAUGACGCGGUGUACUGCUGCAAUGAGCGUGAAUGCCACCAUCGCUACGCGGAGCUGUAUGUGAUUGAUGUCAAUAUCAAUAUAUCAUGUGAAACUGAUGGGUACUUAACUAAAAUGACUUGCAGAUGGUCAGCCAAUGCAAUCCAAUCGCUUGUGGGAAGUACUUUGCAGUUGAGGUAUCAUAGGAGCAGCCUUUACUGUUCUGAUGUUCCAUCUGUUCAUCCCGUAUCUGAACCCAAAGAUUGCCGUUUGCAGAGAGAUGGUUUUCGUGAAUGCGUGUUUCAGCCCAUCUUUCUGUUAUCUGGCUAUACGAUGUGGAUUAGAAUCAACCACUCUUUGGGUUCACUGGACUCUCCUCCAGCGUGUGUCGUUCCUGAUUCUGUGGUGAAACCACUGCCUCCAUCCAGUGUGAAAGCAGAAAUUACUGUAAAAAUUGGAUUAUUGAAAGUAUCUUGGGAAAAGCCAGUCUUUCCCGAGAAUAAUCUUCAGUUCCAGAUUCGCUAUGGUUUAAAUGGAAAAGAAGUACAAUGGAAGAUGUAUGAGGUACAUGAUGCAAGAUCAAAAUCCACCAGUUUCCCGGUGCCAGACCUGUGUGCAGUCUAUGUUGUUCAGGUGCGCUGCAGGAGGCAGGAUGGACUGGGGUAUUGGAGUAACUGGAGUACGCCAGCCUACACGGUUGUCAUGGACGUAAGAGUUCCUAUCAGAGGACCUGAAUUUUGGAGAAUAAUUAAUGAAGAUACCACUAAAAAAGAGAAAAAUGUCACCUUACUUUGGAAGCCCCUGAUGAAAAAUGACUCCUUGUGCAGUGUGAGAAGAUAUGUGGUAAAACAUCAUACUUCCCGCAGUGGAACGUGGUCAGAGGAUGUGGGAAAUCACACUCAGUUCACUUUCCUGUGGACAGAGCAAGCGCAUUCUGUUACAGUUCUGGCUGUCAAUUCGAUUGGUGCUUCUUUUGCGAAUUUUAAUUUAACAUUCUCAUGGCCUAUGAGCAAAGUAAAUACCGUGCAGUCACUCCGUGCUUAUCCUUUAAACAGCAGUUGUGUGAUUCUUUCCUGGACCCUAGCAACCAGUGAUUACAACCUGGUUUCUUUUAUUAUUGAAUGGAAAAUUCUCAAUGAAGACAGUGACAUCAAAUGGCUUAGAGUCCCUUCAUCUGUUAAGAAGUAUUAUAUCCAUGAUCAUUUUAUCCCCAUUGAGAAGUAUCAGUUCAGUCUUUACCCAAUAUUUAUGGAAGGAGUGGGGAAACCGAAGAUAAUUAAUGGUUUUACCCAAGAUGAUAUUGAAAAACACCAGAAUGAUGCAGGACUAUAUGUAAUUGUGCCAAUAAUUAUUUCCUCUUCAAUCUUAUUGCUUGGAACGUUGUUAAUAUCACAUCAAAGAAUGAAAAAACUGUUUUGGGAAGAUGUUCCAAACCCCAAGAAUUGUUCCUGGGCACAAGGACUUAAUUUUCAGAAGCCAGAAACGUUUGAGCAUCUUUUUAUCAAGCACACAGAAUCAGUGACUUUUGGUCCUCUUCUUUUGGAGCCUGAAACCAUUUCAGAAGAUAUCAGUAUUGAUACAUCAUGGAAAAAUAAACACAAGAUGGCUCCACCAACUAUGGUCUCUCUACUUUUGACAACUCCAGAUCUUGAAAAGGGUUCUGUUUGUUUCAGUGACCAACGCAGUAGUGCCAACUUCUCUGAGGCUGAAAGCACGGAGAUAAUCUGUGAGGAUGAACGCAGGAGACAACCCUCUGUUAAAUAUGCCACUCUGGUCAGCAACUCUAAACCAAGUGAAAGUGAUGAAGAGCAAGGGCUUAUAAAUAGCUCAGUCAGCAAAUGCGUCUAUAGCAAGAAUACUCUAUCAAAGGGUUCUUUCUCUAACAGGUCAUGGGAGAUAGAAACGCAGGCAUUUUUUAUGUUAUCAGAUCAGCAUCCCAAUAUAAUUUCACCACAUCUUACAUUCUCAGAAGGAUUGGAUGAACUUUUGAAACUUGAGGGAAAUUUCCCUGAAGAAAAUAAUGAUGAAAGAUCUGUCUAUUAUUUAGGGGUCACCUCCAUCAAAAAAAGAGAGAGUGUCGUGUUUUUGACUGAUGAGUCAACAGUGUUGUGCCCAUUCCCAGCCCCCUGUUUAUUCUCUGACAUCAGAGUCCUCCAGGACGGCUGCUCACACCUUGUAGAAAAUAACUUCAACUUAGAAACUUCCAGUCAGAAGACUUUUGUAUCUUACAUGCCUCAAUUUCAAACUUGUUCCACUCAGACUCAGAAGAUAAUGGAAAACAAGAUGUGUGACCUGUCUAAUUUCAUUCAAGAAACAUCUCAGAUUUCUGUAUAGAGAAUCAUGGGAAGUGUAAUAUAUUCCACCGUGUUGUGGAUAAGGGAGAGGAAAGAAAACUCGCAGAGUGAAAUUUGAAAAUGGUUCUUUCAAAAUUCAUGGUAUCUGUUUGUCCUUUCUCUGUAACAUAGACAAAAAUGUGACAACCUCCACGAGCCUAGCAAUGUAGACUGACUCUUCUAAUGAUUCUAUUAACGAGCUACAGUGGGGAGGUGUCCAAUGUCUUGUUUCUAGCUAGAAAUAAGCCAAAAAAGGAUCUUUCGUGAACAUUAGACCUGUGUAGAAAGAGCUAAUCUUCUGAAUUACACCUACAUCUGAGAGAAGACUUCAGACUAACACUCGUGAGAUGUAACUGUUGGUUCAAUGGUGUGGUUGUCUUACCUUGAGUUGUCUUUGUUUUGCACUAAUUUACACACACAUACAUUUAUACCUAAUAGGCAUCUAUGUGCAUUUUUAAAGUAUGUGAUAUGUUUGUAUUUUGUGCUA